AUGAAGGAAAUUGAGGCAUACUGCGAAGAUUCCGGUGCGUGCCUUAACAAAGACAAGUCUAUUGGAAUAUGGGCUGGACAGUGGGGGUCGACACCGAUAACGCUUGAGGGUAUCAAAUGGCAAUGCGAACCCAGUGUAUAUUUAGGAGUGCCGCUGCAGGAAUCUCGAAACCCAAACAAGAUGUGGACGGAACUGUGCAAGAAAGUGCGGACCCGUGCGAACAUGUCCAAAGUAGAGGAAAUGUCCAUUUUUCAAAGGGCAGCUGUGUGUAAUGUAUUUUUAGUGGCAAAACUUGUCUACUGGUUGCAGGUGAUGCAGUGCUCACGGGCGAAGUUGCAACAAUUUCAUAGGGUUUUUGCGAGUUUUAUAUGGAAAUCCAACUUUGAAUCGAUGCGAAGAAGCAACCUUUUCAAACCUGUGUGUGACGGAGGCGUGGGAUUGCAGCAUCUUUUCGUUAAGCAAUUGAUAAUGAGACUGUUUUUCUUUCGUCGGUGCAGGCACCCUGUGUUGCGUAGCAUGUUACAGAGUGUCGGCUAUGUGCACCUCCCAGAGAUUGUUGUAGCAACAGUUAAACGUACCUUCUCGGUGUCCGGUUUCUACAAAGAAGUGGUGGAAAGCAUCCGUUUUCUUUUGACGAGGUUUUCACCAGAAUAUUUAUUCAGUGUCUCAAGGUCGAAACUCACAGUAGACCUAGUAGACUGUCUUUUCCCUGUGCCAGUCUAUCGACAAAUUCUGGAUGAAUGGUCGGGAUUGGAUGUAUUAUGCAGAGUGAGGAAAAUGCCAAUCAAACCUGUAAUGAAAACGUUUUUCUUUAAGAUACAUACCAAUACAUUACCUGUGAAAGCCUGGCUAGCACAGAAGGGCAUCUUUUUACCCUGGUCUGUUAACUGCAGGUACUGUAAAGAGCCAGAAACAAUUGAACAUGUCUUUUUGUACUGUACGGAAGCACAGUUUAUGUGGGAUGAUCUGAGUAGAGCCAUAGGGAAAAGAAUUCGACUCAACCCACACACGAUGCGGUAUCUCCCAUUGAUAGAAAAGUCGGGAUCACGGUACGAUACACUCUGUGUGAUUGCUAUGUUUUCCUUGUGGAAGUUGGUAAUUGCUGGGAGAAAUGAGGAGCCCAUGAGAACACCCAUGACCUAUAUAGCGGAUGAGCUCAUCCAAAUGAAGCGUUUUGCGGAAAUUAGAGGGCACGUACCGGACUGGAUGGAGAAAUUUUGUGUUAGUGUGGCUCCAAGACAGAGCUCACUUUUUACUUAA